CGGUCGGCCAACCAAUUUUCCUCUGACAAACCCGGAAGUUGUUUGUCUGUCUCCCUCUGGCUGGAAGCAGGCAGGCGAGCAGCUCCUGCGACUGUAACCUCUCCAUUUUGUUGGAUAAAGUCCGCUUCAACCACUGAGCUCACCAUCUCCCCAGGUGUGAGUGUUAUUAAGGUGUGUGCAUGUGUGUGUGGAUUGAGUCUGUUUUGGGGUGAUGUACUGUACGUACCAGGAUCGGAAGGAGUUGGAGGAUGAUCUCUAUCAAGAGGAUGAAGGGGACUCUGAGGGGUCAGAGGUCAACAGCGAGCUGGAGUUCCACCUCUACAGCCAGCUCCACUACUCUUCUAAUGCUGGGGUGUUAGAGGAGCAGGAAGAUAGAGGAGGAGAAAAGGCCGAGGCCCAGAACAGCCAGCAGCUUGAGGUGCCUGAGAAGACUGUAGAUGUUGACAGAGAACAGGAACAGACUGGAGAAAGUAGGACUUCGUCACCUAAUUUGAGCGAGUUACUGCAGCACCUGAAGAACAAAAAGAAGGGAGAGAAACCUGAUAAACAGAGGAAGGGAAAAACUGACCCUAAAGGUCAGAGGUCUUCGUCGUCAUCAUUUUUUGAGGAGGUCAUUGUGAUUGACUCCAGCCCUGAUGUCAUCUCCAUCUCUGAUGAUGACACUACUGAUGAUGAUAAAGGAGUCUGUGCAUUAAAGGGUCGAGGCUUAAACCAGCGGCAGACUUCUACCCCGGCCCAACAGGGAACCGAGAAAAGGAGUGUCCGUGUGCCAGUGACUGUGGACUCAAGCAGCUCCGAGUCAGAUUCAGAAGAGUCGGAAUCAAAGUCUGAUUUGUCAGAUUCUUCCGAUUCUGAAGGUCUGGAGAACUGGAUGAUCCUGGGUCGAGGGAACCAAGAUGGAGACCAGUCCAUCUCACUCAACCUAGAGGGAGGGUCUGACAACAACACAGAUGUUGAAGAAGAAGUAGGCGGCUGGUUGGUUUCUGCCAAGGACAAGGAGGCUCGAAUCUAUAACAAAGACAAGGGUGCCAGGACAACGGUGUCAAACAGAUACUAUACUAACAAGAAUGUCCAGUGUAGAAACUGCAACAAGAACGGACAUCUCUCCAAGAACUGCCCUGAGCCCAAAAAGUUGCCGCCCUGCUUCCUUUGUGGCAACCCAGGCCACCUGGUCAGUGGAUGUCCCAAUAAGCACUGCAACAACUGCGGCUUGCCUGGGCACCUCUACAAUUCCUGCAGCGAGCGAGCAUACUGGCGCAAACAGUGCGAACGCUGCUGCAUGACCGGCCACUUCUCUGAAGCUUGUCCAGAGAUCUGGAGACAGUAUCACAACACGAAUGAGGAAGGUCCUCCUGUAAAGCAGCAACGAAAAGAACACCAGAGUCGACACCAUUCCUUCUGCUACAACUGCUCCAGGAAAGGACACUAUGGCCAUGCGUGUAAACUGCAGAGGAUGUUCAAUGGGACGUAUCCCAGCACCCCAUUCAUUAACCACUAUGACACUGCAAAGGACAUCAAAUGCAGACAAGACUGGAUGAAGUCAAAGGUUAAAGAACUGAAGAAAAAUGGCUUUUUACCUGCCUGUUCUCAGACCCCUGUCACUCCAGGACCGUCAAAGAAGAAACAGAAACUCAGCCAUCACAAAAGUAACCCCCAGCCUUACCAUACACCUCACCAAAGCUCAAGCAAGACUACCCCUAAAUCCAGCCAUAUCUUUUUUAAUGACGACGAUGGCAUUGGGGCUGCUGCACCCAAAACAAGUAAGAACAAUAAGCACAAACAACAGAAAGGCCCUAGCAAUGUGAAACCAUGGAAACCCAAGAGACCAGUGCCCACCUCGAAAGACCCUCUCCCACCAACUAAACUCAUUUUGGAUGAAGCAGAUGACUUUCCCAGAGGUGGGGGUAAAGGAAAGGAUAUAGUGAAGAAGCGGAAUAGGUUGAAGAAAAUGAAGCAAGUUCCUUUAGCACAACCAGAAGGACACAGAAAGAGCAGACCAGACCGUCUCUGUUGGACUGGUACUGGAGAGAUGCAAGGGUCAGCGUCAAAGCAAGAGAAAGGAAAGAGGAAAAAGAGAAAUCGAGCCCGGAAGAGCGCUGACAAAAAGGGUGCUGCGCAGUUGUACCCAACGGAUGAGAACCUGUUUAUCAUCAAACAGAAGAAGAAACGCAACAGAUACGAGUCUGUUUGAGGUGUAGACGUCUUCAUGACCCGUACAUAUAGUAUGUCCUUGUGACAUUUAGGGACCUGGCAGACAUUCUGUUGACUCAGGUGCUUUAUGAGGUGCACAGGCCUUUUUUUUCUUUUUAACGGAAGACGUUUUGACAUGUCAUAGAACGAAAAAAGCACAUAAAAAAUAAAAUGAAUGAUGGCUGAAUUUAUCUGCUUCAGUUUCAUAGUCCUGGUAUUGUUCUUCCUGACUCAUUGUCACACUGUCAGCGGUUAAUGGGACACAUGAAUAGAACAAAGCCAUAGGUUCACUGUUUUUGAAGUCUGUCUUAAAGGUAUAAUGUGCAGUAUUUCACAAAAGUAUGGACUUAUACAAAAAUUAUCCCUCUCAAACAUCAAUUGUAACCACCCUGUGGCAACCCUGCCCUCUGCCUGUUUUGUUUUUUUUUCCUUAUUUUUCUGCGUACGGGACAUUUAUAGGUGUCAGCGAACAGCCUUUGGGCCCCGGCUGAAUGUGGAACCCCCAACCAGUAACCUCAGCAUCUCGAACCAACGCAAAAGUUUAACCAACACAGACAAACCGGAAGAAGCUCUGCAUUAACACAAAAUCGGGUAAUGUGGUGCCUUCCCGCAGAGGUGUGGGUGUGUUUUAUUUGUGCUCCAAAACGUUAAAACAAUCUGAAAUAACGUUUUAUUCCUCUGAUUCACUGUUUUGUUUGGCGCUCCCUCUACAUUCACUCUCUAGCCCGCUUGACCACCUCUGCUUUCUCUCUCUCUGUCUCUCUCUCUCUCUCUCUCUCUCUCUCUCUGUCUCGUUGAGCCGGGGCCAACUUUGAACAGUGUGUGUGUUUACAAACAGCAAGCGAUACCUUCGACAUGUUAUACCUUCAAAGCAAUAGUCAGGUGUUCAUGAAAACAUUAGAACCAUUUUUUCUCGCUGUAUUAAUUCCUCUGGUUCAUACUGAGAUCCUUUCCUAAUACACUCUCAUCAAGACAUUUUUAUUUUGUAUAAAAAUGUUUAUAACUAAUAUUGCUAAUAUGGCUUCAGCAGUCUGAGUUAGACAAAUCAAGAGGAUAUCUUUCCAAAAAAAAAUGUUUUCUCAGUUCAAUAUCCCCUCUUUUUGUUACAAUCUCUCCACGGCAGCUGACCAGUGGAAUGCUGGCCAGGGCAACAACAGGAGGGAAUUUUGGACCAAAAGAGUGUAACAUUGAAAGAUACUCACUUGAUUUGUCUAACUCAGACAAAAAUGAUACAAACCUACAUUGGAAACGCUUUUGACUAUAACAAUCAAAACUUGUUUUAAUGUUAAUGUUGGCAACUAACUAUUGUUUUAAGACUAACUUGAAUAGGUGAAGUUAUCCUGUAUUAAUUAGCUCCACCCGUGCUUUUCCUACAAUGACGAGUCAACAUUUUUGCUGUCUGCUGUGGUCAGUGUGAGAAUUAUAGCCCCUAUUCAAACAGUGGCAUCAUUUUCACAAUGAAGGGACUGUUAAUCUAUAUGAAGAGAGACAAUUAAGAACCCGGUUAAGACUUCAGUUCACAGUCUGUUCACAUUAGUUUCUGCACAUUGCAAAAUUUGUAUUGAAAACAAUCUUUGCUCUGUGAAGUAGGUCAUUUCAUAGUGCCUCUGCUCUGAACACACAUUCUUAAAGUAGUUGUUGCUGUUUGCAAUUGGAACCAGAGGAUGACUGAUUUUU